UGGGGAAAUAUAUUUUAAAAGUGUUAAUUUUUAUAUUUCAGGACGAAAAGAAUCAGAUAAUAUCGUUAAAUGUUUGGAUGCGCCUAUGGUGGAACGACCCCCGCCUGGUCUGGAACACCAGUGACUACGGGGGAGAGAAUCAGAUCGUGCUGCCGUUCAAAGACUUGUGGACACCAGAUGUAACUAUUUUUGAUAGCGCAUCUGAAACGAUGAUGCCGGGUCGCCGAGAGUACCGCCCCAUAGUACUCAAUAACGGGACAGUGAUUUACCUUUUCCCUACAAUAGUGGACAGUAUCUGUGUCAUUGAUGUGUUGUACUUCCCCAUGGAUACCCAAGAAUGUCGCCUCAUGUUUGGGUCCUGGUCUCACUCCGGAAAAGAAAUCGACUUCUUCCCUAAAAUUCCAACAGGUGACAUGGAUUUCUUUAUCACUAAUAAUGAGUGGACUGUCUUGUCCUUUAACGCCAGGAGAAACGUGGCAUACUACAAAUGUUGUCCGGAUCCGUUCCCGGAUGUGACGUUUUACUUAAGGAUCCGCCGUAAACCCCUCUUCUACAUUCUAUCAGUCCUCUUUCCCUGUAUUCUGACGUCAUCAGUGGCCAUAUUAGCCUUUCUGCUGCCCCCGGACUCCGGUGAAAAGGUUUCCCUGAACGUAACAGUCCUCCUGUCUCUGGCGGUUUUUCUUCUGAUGGUCAGUGAUCAGCUUCCUGCUUCAUCAGACCAUUUUCCAUACGUAGGCAUGUAUUUUGCGUGCUCCAUGUUUCUCGUGUCCCUUUCCUUGUUGAUGACGGUGUGCGUGCUGAACAUGCAUUUUCGAGCCCCGGGGGACGGGAAAGCUCCUUCAUGGAUGCACCCGGUAUUCCUCCAUUUUGGCAGACGAUUUCUUCUUUGCCAAUCUGAGAACAAAGUCCAGCCUUGUAAACAGAGACAAUUGUCAAACAUCAGAUUGCAGAAUAUUGGAAGAUAUUCCGAAGAUCAGAAUUUCAGAUCCCCAAUGUACAACAUAUCAACCAUUGGACUAGAAGACGACGCAAGGAAAUCCUACAUUUCGCUCAAUUUCACAAAUUCUCACAAAGAUCUCGCACAGACCGAGAACUCGAGUGUCUGUGACGAACCCGGGUUAUCAGAGGGUCGCCUUAACGAAUGGCAGGAGAUUGCCAUGGUGAUGGACCGGUUGUUUCUGAUCUUGUUCAUCUUAAUCACACUUAUCACCUCUGUCGUGUUUCUUGGACUGAUGGGCAAUGAAUGAAUGAUGGUUAUCAACGUAUUUUUAUUGAUAAAAUCUAGAUGUUGUAUGUG